AUGAUAGUCGAACAAGUCAACGGGCGGCUCAAAGGCAAGUGGCACAUACUCGACAGCCGGAUGGAGUGCCACAGUGAGAGGGUGCAGCAGGUGGUGAGUGCCUGUGUGGCACUUCACAACAUCGAACUGACGAUCGGCAGCAGGGAUCGCCUGGGCACACCGCCGGAGCGCUACCGAUGGUGGCUCGAGGGGCCCGCGGCUACUCUUCGACUUACCGGCCCUGAGCACCUCGCACUCCUCCUCAGCGGUCCAGCGUGGCGAGUUUCUGGCAGUGGAGUGGCGAGAAGCAGCGGCAGUGGUGGUACUUGGCUCCGUUGGUUGCGCGGUGGGUUCCUCUUCAACCUCUCCUGGCGCGGCGUUGUCAUCAAAUGCGGCACCGAGUCCAUAGUCAUCGUCGGCGUCGUAGGAGGCAGAAGGGGAGGGGAUUUGGUAAACCCACGCACAGGCGAGGCGCUUUCCGGCUGCAGUGCCACGUGGCAGCCUCUCCUUCCAGGGCUACCGGACGACGUGGCGGAGUUGUGCCUCAUCCGGCUUCCGCGAGCGUUCCUACAGCAAUGCAGGCAAGUAAACCGGGCGUGGAAAGAGUUUCUAGACAGCCCGCGCUGCCUCCGCCUUCGAACAGCAGCCAAUCGCCUCGAGCCGUGGCUGUUCGUCCGGGCAGUCGGGCAGCCGAGAAAACAUUUCGAGUGGCACGCGUUCGCAGAGAGCGCUGGUUGGCAGAAGAUCCCAUACCCACGUGGCACCGGCCAAUGGGAAGCCUCGGGAGUGGGUUGUGUGGGCCUUGACAGGUGUCUCUACAUGAUUGGAGGAACAGGGUCUGACCGCAAAAAUCCAUUGGGUGAUACUUUCAGGUACGACCCUCGAACUGCCCGCUGGACCCAGUUGGCCAAUCUCAUCACUCCUCGCAGAUUUUUUGGCUCAUGGGCUACCCAGGGAAAAAUAAUAGUGGCCGGAGGCAAUGCAUCAGAGCUUGAGGAAAUCCAAUCAGCCGAAAUGUACCAACCAGAGACUGACACGUGGCAGUCCAUCCCACCGCUGCCUUUGGCGUUUUCCAGCUUUGGGGUGGCGUGUUUUGGCGGGACUCUCUUUUUGACGGAGGGGUGGCAGUGGCCGUUUCACUUCUCACCCCGUGGGUUCUCCUGUCCCCUUUAUAAGCUCGUCCAGGAAAAGGAAAGGGAGGGGCUUACGGGACCAAGAAGACACGGGGGUGCUUUGAUUGGCCGGGGGCCGGGAGAAGGAGAGGGACGAGGAGGAGAGGGGGGAGGUGGAGGUGGUGGAGAAGCAAGCAGUGCAGGAGAGAACAUCGGACCAGAGGGCCUGGGGGAGGGACAGGGUGGAGCGGAGAGGCAAGGCGUGAGGCAAGGCGUGGGACAAGGCAUGGGACAAGGCGUGGGGCGGAGUGGCAUUUCAGCAGUGUGGGAGCCGAUGCCUGAAGGCAUGGCAGAGGGAUGGACAGGAGUAUGUGCAGUGGUGCAUGAGACGCUAGUCACCCUCGUGCAGGAGGGGAAUACUCGCAGGGUGAGAGCAUGGGCAGGAGGGGAUGCCAUUGCUGUGCUCCCAGCCGCUGUGGAAGCUGACUUUUGGGUCGACUCAAAAGUCAGCCCGUGCUGGGUGCUGGCUUGUGAUGUGUGUUGUUGGGUGAGAGCAUGGGGGGGAGGGGAUGCCAUUGUGCAAGUCAUGGCACGUUUGUCUCUCUCAUGGGCCGACUUUGAGGUGAAGAGUGGGCUCUUUUCCUACUGCCCGGAUACCGACAAGUGGCAGCUUGUCAUUGGCCCUCCUUUACCCCUCUUCCUCCGCACACCCCUGCGCAUGGCCGCGGAUGGUAACAAUCGUCUUUUUGUGUCUCCGCCGUCCAUCUCCAUCGCUAACCGCAUUCCCCGCCCACGCUCCACUGCCCAUUCCGCAUCACUCGCUACCAUCGUAAAGAAACCACAUCGUCACCACUCCAUCAUGGGUGCUACCGAGGCUGCUAUCCAGCAGACCGUUGCCGUUUCCGCCACGGCAUCGGAGCCUUGGGAAGACGCGAUGCGGGCAGAGCUCGCCGCGUGGUUCCAAAUCCCCGAUUGGGUCGACGAGACGCCGUCAAUGACGGUUUCCGUCGGAUCUAACGCCCUCUGUCAACUCGACGGAGUCGCGACCGUCGGCCUUCCGCCGGAUGCCGUCUUCUCCAUCGUGUGCGACCCGCACAACAGCCGCGUAUUUAAGAACAUCAAGUCCGUUAAGAACGAGCGGGUCAUUAGUGACAAUAACGGGGUGAAGGAGCUCGAGAUGGAUAUGGUUUUCGCCUUCCAGCUGCCGUUCUUUACAGGCACAUUCGAUGCGCACAUGCGCAUGGUCCACGACCGUCCGAACCGCAAAAUGUCCUUCGAACUAACGCGCCCCGGCCUCAUGCGCAAGUUCGAGGGCUUCUGGCAGGUCGAGCCGCUCGUAGUCCCCGCUUCCGCAACUUCCGCCUCCGCCGCCUCCGCCGCCUCCGCCACCUCCGCCACUUCCUCCAUUUCCGCAACUUCCUCCGCUUCCGCCGAUUCCGACACUGCUUCCGCUCCGUCUUCCCCGCUCUCCGAUGCCUUCCAUCCCGCCAGCGAUUGGGACAGCAGCAGCGCAUGCAGCAGCCCGGAGCGCGAUGUCGCCGCAGAUUCCGCCGCAGAUCUCGCUGCAAAGACGACGAAGACGAGCGCGACGACUUCGUCCGACGGCGCGCGCGUGGCGUCGCGGCUCGUGCUGCAUCAGGUGGUGCAGCCGUCCGUCGCGCCACCCGACCUUUUCAAACGGUGCAUCCACAUCGUUCUGCAGAUGGCUACUAAAGACGUUCUUAAAGUUUUCCAGCGCGAAGCCGCCGCGAUUAGGAACAGCAAGGGGCAGGAGCAGGAGAUGCAGGGAGGAGAGAACAAGAAGAAGCAAGGAGCUGACGUAAAGGCAGCUGCUGCUGCGGGGGCCAUGGCUGGCGCGGUUGCCGGCGCGGUUGCGGGAGCUGCUGCUGGCGUCGCCGUCGCGAAGAACGCGGAAUCCAUCUGGCUCGCAUCGCGCGUCUAUAAACUCGUGAAGGGCAAGGCUUAA